AUUCUUCGGAUGCACAGUAAACAUAAUGGAAGAAGAUGUGUAUCUCAAAUUAGACCUAUGAAUAAUAAUUCUGUGCAUAAGCAGUAAACACAAAGUUCAGCUCUCGGCGUAGAGAGCAGAAUCAUGUUAUUUGUAGAUCGGAAUAACGCAUCGCCCCCGCCCCGGAGGGGGAUGCUGGACGCGCUGCGUACCGAUCAUGAUGAUGAUGAUGAUGAUGUAAUAAUCGCACGCUCCGCUGGUUCAAGUGCACACUAGAAUCCUCACGCUCGCGACCCGGCCAGAGUGAUGUCAUCAUCAAUACCGUGAACCGUGCUUAGGAAUUUUCACCCCGCGUCCGUGCUGCUCAGCGCGGCCUCCAUGAGGACAAACCCCGGGACUGCGGCGCUGAUGGCUGUUGCGGUCGGGACUGCAGCAAGCUCCCUUCAGCAUCACAGCUGCGACCCCUGCGCUCAGACAAGCGGCAAAAUCCGUGCAACCGAAAGACGCGCGACAGCGUUCUAUAUGGAAUAUCUGUCGUCUUAACAGGAAUUCAAACUCCGGAUGUGACUGACAGCCGGUCGUUGUGCAUCACCGAUCAUCUGCGCCCUUUUAGGACUUUUUUGGUUAGUGUCUACCCUUGAAAAUCGGAGAAAUCCGUCUUACUCGGUGCCUGUGCUCUCUUCCCCUCGCGCUUACCGGAGACUGUCCGCGCGCUGCGCACCCGGAGGCCACAAGUGCCUGUUUUCUCCCGCUAGAUUUACCAUUGAUGGAAACUGAUGCCCUGUUGCCUUUCCUCGUCCGUUUCUACCUCUGUAGCCGCUGUUUCUCCUGUAGUAACGCUACUAGGCCCCCGAGCCCAGCUAAACAUCUCACAUAAUGACUCUUUGAUGGAUAAACUGACAAGAGCGGAUCAUUUAUAUUGUGUUUUGGUCUUUUGGAUGUUGGCGUAGCGACUUUGCUGUGUGUUUUAACCUUCUCUGGAUCCGACACCCGGGUGCGCGAGAAGGGCAGCUGUCUCGAGAGCAAUAAACGCCCGUUAUUUUAAGGGACCGCGCGCGCUUCUCUCUCAGGAUGGCAAAUGAACCCGUUAUUCUUAAUGUGUAUGACAUGUACUGGAUAAAUGAAUACACCUCCACUCUGGGUAUUGGAGUCUUCCACUCAGGAAUAGAGAUUUACGGCAGAGAGUUUGCAUAUGGCGGCCAUCCAUAUCCCUUCAGUGGCAUUUUUGAGAUCAACCCUGGAAAUGCCUCAGAACUGGGGGAAACUUUCAAAUUCAAAGAGGCUAUAGCUCUGGGUACGACAGACUUUGCAGAGGAGGACAUUGAUAAAAUAAUGGAGGAGCUGGGAAAGGAGUUCAAGGGGAACGCCUACCACCUGAUGCACAAAAACUGCAACCAUUUUUCUUCUUCGCUGUCUGAGUUGCUGUGUGGUAGAGAGAUCCCACGCUGGGUCAAUCGAUUGGCAUAUUUCAGCUCCUGUAUUCCAUUUCUGCAGAGUUGUCUGCCUAAAGAGUGGCUCACACCGCCGCUCCAGAGCCAUAUCAGCAUGGGCCUUCGGAAGGAGACCACACACUCACACGAUUCCAGCGACGACGAGCACUCGUCUGCCAUGGAGGCGGCCGCUGGAACAUCACACAGCUGCAGGCACACCCGCGUGUGAUCUUACAUAUAUAUUUACACGCAGUAUUACACUAAUUUGAACACACAUACACUUAAACCUCUGAUCCUGCUGCUACAGCGCCUCCUGCUGAACUGGAUGAACACCAGACCUCAUGGCCUCUCUGAAUGAGGAAAUCAAAGUCAUGUUUUUCAGUAGAGCCUACAGGAAUUUAAAAACCUUGCAACGGUACUCUUAAAGUUUUAGAAUUGUUUGAUUUUUACUAAGAUUUUAGAGAAAUGAAAACAGUGUUUGCCAUUUAGUAUUCUCUCUCUUAUAAAUUCAUAGGACAAUAUGAAUGAUGGGCGAUCAUAAUGGACUGCCCCCUGCUGGUGUGUGACAACACUACACUACUGGCCCCUUCCUCAUAAACCCUGAAUUUUUUUCUUUUAAUCCCAUCUGGAUGUUUUCCAGAUUCAGCCGAGUUUGCUGUGUAUUAAAUUAUUUUCUAUUUUGUGAUGGAAUAAGCGUGUCAUCUGAAGAAGAACUUACAUUCAUAACCUUAUUUUUUUCCUUGGUGACUUUAGUAAUAUUAAUCUGCUUUAAUUUAAUUAUAUGAUGUCAAACUAAUGUCAUCUUUGGUUUACAUUCAUUUAAUUUUAGCUCUCUUUUUUUAUAUUUUAUUGCAAGGUUUGCAAUGAAUUUUCUCUAAAAAGGGCCGAUGACACCCCGUGUCACACACACUGACAGCAGUUGGAAAUUGCAGCCUUAUAACUGUAAGCCAUUGAUAUGCUGGACUCAACUGAAACAAAAGACCCCUGUUGUUCAGUCAUCGAGGACACAAAAGGGGCAUUUGUGACGGUGAUGUUGAGGUGGUGGGUGGGAACGUGUGGGUGGGGUCUGCACAUCAGGUCUGGUAUCAGUACUGUAUAACAGUUGUGAUUGAAUGCAAUGUCUGAGUGAUUAAGAGAAAGGGAGUGUUGCAAAGGUGUUAAUGGUUAUUUCUCUUGACUUUAGUAAUUGUGGUUUCUGGCUUUUAAAAGUGCAGACUGGAGAGAGUAAUGUUGUUAAAAUGAAUCAUCCACACCUCACUACAUUACUUUUGCACAAUUUUUUGCCCUGGUUUUCAGUCUGGAGUAGUCAACGGUAGUUGCCAAAAGUCAGCUCCAGAUUUCACAGAAAACAGUAUGAUGGUCACAGGCUCAAACUUUUUGCUUCAGACUAUGAUUCCAUCCAGUCGGAGGAUCAAACAUGUUUGAGUUGCGUUCAGCAUGACUUGUAAGUGUGUCAUGCUCAGUUGUUUAGUGUAGGAUUCCCAGUUUUUCUCUGUAACCAUUUAGAAAGCCGGCAAGCUUAAAAUGUCUGGUGUUUUAAGAUCUGUUCAGAUUUUAAAAGUUAUGAAAUGUAUGCCGGCCUCAACAGUAAUUUAAGGCCACAACUAAAGGUUGUAACGUCUUUCCAGUCUUCAGGCAAUAGACCUUAGUAAAGGUAGACACCAUAUCUAAUUUUUCACAAAUGAAAAUAAAACAGGGAGACAUGUACAGAUUAUUUAAUAGGUUGAUUUUUUAUGGUCCUAUGGCGAUUUUCAGUUGCUUUAGCCACAAGAAAAGCAUUUUUUCAGUAUUUUGCCAGUCGAUGGACCAACAGCAAAGUUAAAAAUAUUUAAAUGAGCUAAUUUGUAAAAAAAUAAAUAAAUACAUAUGGUGUAUACCCUGACUAUGAUCCAUAUCAGAGUAAAUUAUACAUCUCUCAGUAUUAUUUUGACCUUCUGUACCAUUUUGCCUGUCAGAAUUUUCUCAUGAAGCCCAUCUUCUCUCAGGAUGGCAUGGUAUUGUAGAUGGCAACACGGGUGUUUCAUGAGUCAAAUCUAUAGGAAAUAUGUUUUUGGUGACAUUUAUAAAACUGAAUUUUAUAUUUGGAAUAUGGUUCUAUUUACUGUUUUGUCAAAGAUAUUAUCAACCUGUAGAGCCUAAUUCUUAUGAUUCUUAUUUACAACUGACAUCUUUUACUGGUUCAGCGAAGACCGGUUUUUGUAGGCAUUAGUAUGUCUUGUUUUGAUGUGAUGGACAAUUUCAGACAUUUACAGAUGAAUAGAGAAUAAAGAAAUUAAAACUUU